AUGGGACCGCCUCUGAAUACCACAACCACAACGCCACGACGGCAGUCCUGUGAUCGUUGCCACGGGCAGAAGUUGCGGUGCAUACGGCCAUAUAAUCGCAAGAGCGGCACGUGUGAGCGGUGCCUCCGGAAGGGCGUUGUAUGCGUGUACAGCUCGAGCUUGCCUAAGGGGCGCCCCUCGCUGUACCGCCUCAGCGACGUGCCAUCGGCGCCAAAGUCCCCGAGUUCAUCCACCGCGCCGAGCUCUACCACUACCUCGACCCGUGCGGGCGCCACGUUGGAUGACACAUCCGAGAGUCCGAAUGCGACCUCCCCGUUCCCAGCUAUGCCUGCAUCACCCAUACAACCACCCCGAGACCAGCAGUUUGAGAGCACUCAAUUGGACCCACAGAUCCACGGCUUUGCUAAUUUCUGGCCCUCGUGGUGGCAUGACGACCAGAUCGGUGACAGCAUGCUAGGCAUCGUCCCGACGGCAAUACCACCAUUCAUCAUAGACCCUGCGCUUGAAACCCAGGCUGCUCUUUCAGUCGGACAGGACAAGGCUAGGACACCUGCAGGAACUGGAAGUGGGGCCGGUGGUGGGGCUCAUAUCGAUGAAGACGGCCGUUGCUUGGAGAACGAACAAGCAGAGACCCGCAGCGUGGCCAAAGGGAUCCACGAGAGCCGAAGCGGCGCCGCAUCUACCGUGAAUGACAACGGCUUUGAGCUUAGCGUCGUCCAUCUGUCCCGGCUCAGCACACGGCUCUCACAGUUGUUGAGCCCCUCACGGACGUUCCUGGCAGAAUUCCUGCACACGACCUGGGCCUGUGAGGACAAAGAUUCGGCAGCGCAGCUACAACUCGGCAUCGAAGCUGUCUUUAAGUCCGUUAAUGAUUGGCUUAUGCAGGGACCGGCGCCCUCGGGCCCUACUGCUGCGCCGCCGCACCAUCUGGACGAGGAGCCUCAGAGCCCUAUCGAUCUACUCCAGCAUAUGUUGUCGGCAUCCAGCCACUUGCUGAAUAUCGUACAGAACGUGCGUGAGAGCACUGUGAGGGCCAGCGAAGCAGCACCAAGCCCCUCGACCUCCACGACGGCCAAGGCGACCGCCACAUGCGGCUCGACAUACGAUCCUCACCAUGGAAGCCAUGCCUAUUUGGUUGCUCACCAGCUAGUUAUCGUCUGCGUGACUCUGCUCCUGAACAUGGACGUGACGAUUCUGCUCGCCCUCCAGCGCAGCGCUGACGCGCUCAAGUCUCAGCAACAAACAGCAUCGCUCACGGUUGCCGCACCCGCCAUCAUCAACCAGGGAAUGCAUAUGGGAGAAGUCCAGGGCGGCCGCACGAUGCAUAAAGCUGAGCGAGUUCAUCUCCAGCUGGUUACUGUAGUGCAGUUUUGCGCUCAUUUCAUCCGCCGCCAGAACCAGACUUUGGACAUGCUCGUAGCAAGCAGCCAGCUGUCCAAAUUGCAUGACCCGCGCGGUUCGUUAGAGGCUGUCCGUGAGCUGAAGAUUGAGGUGGAGCAGCAGUUGAAGCAAAUCCAGAACAGCCUUUGCACAAGUAGUUAA